AUGGCGCUCCAAGUUGAUGUUUUCGUUUCCCCUCCCAUUCCCGCAGCAACAGGCUCCGACAAUCCUGCCAAAAAGUGGUGGUCGCCCAUUUCUUGCACUUUGAUUCAAGGACCCACGUCCGCCGUCUUGAUCGAUACACCCAUCUCCAUACAUCAAUCCGAGCAACUCGCUGCCUGGAUCAAGGAGACAGCCCCUGGGAAGGACCUGAAGUACAUCUAUACCACCCACGCCCAUGGCGACCACUUUUUCGGAAAUCCUUUGAUACUGAAGCAUUUCUCGAAUGCGACUUGUAUUUCCACUUCGCGUGUCACACAAGGUAUCAAGAAAACACUGGCCACAGCUCUACCAAGGUGGGAGAACUGGUUUCCAAAUGGCCAAAUUCUCUCCAAAGAGCAAAUUGUUCCAAAUUCACUUCCCGAGCAGGGAAAAUUCUUGAUCGACGGACAUAGUUUAUUUGGCAUCGACGUCGUCCACUCGGAUACAGACGCUUCGUCAUUUGUCCAUGUGCCUGACCUCAAGCUCGUGGUAGCUGGUGAUAUCGUUACGGAGACUGUUUUCAGUUUCUGGCGGAGGCUCGCACAGCUCAGAAACGGAAGAAUUGGCUUGAGGCGCUUGACCAUAUUGCCUCAUUAA